AUGACGCUGGCCGAAGAGUUCCGCUCGAGAAAUUUCAGCAUUUACGGUCAAUGGACCGGUGUGCUGUGCAUUAUCCUUUGCUUCGCCCUCGGUAUUGCCAAUAUCUUCACUCUUAACGGUUGGCACAUUGUCUUCGCCGUCCUGUGCAUAGUUUCCGCAUUCAUAAUCCUCUUCGUCGAAGUGCCCUUCCUUCUCCGAAUCUGCCCGACCUCCUCCAAGUUCGAUGGCUUCAUUCGCAGAAUCACGACCAACUGGAUGCGCGCCGGAAUGUACGUCAUCCUCAGUGGCAUCCAAUGGGCCAGUCUUGCUGCUGGCAGAUCCAGUCUUAUCGCCGCCGCCGUCUUCCUCAUCAUUGCCGGUAUUUUCUACGCGCUUGCCGGUAUCAAGAGCCAGGAGUUCAUUGGUAGCAAGACUCUGGGAGGCCAGGGUAUUGCGCAGAUGAUCGUUUAA